AUGAUCAAACAAGCCCAAAUCAUCACGUCAUCCCGAAAGGCUUGUUCGAGGCUUGCAGUUUUUGUGAUGAUGAUUGCUGUUGGCCUUCUCGUGAUUUCGAUAGACCAAGGAGUCGUAUACUCACAACAAUCAAAACCCGUACGGAAAGAUGCCGAUCAACCAAAAAGCAAAUUCUCGGAUACAUCAGCAAUAUCGGCUGAAGAGGUUAAAGGAGAGCUUGAUGCUACCAAGAUUAGAAACAAGAGAAGAUGCAAACAUGAAAUCGGAAUUAACUGGAGAACCAAUGUUGAUAGUUCUGUCUAUCAAACACCAUAUAUUACCAAUUUGAUGAACGUUAACAGUGGUCAAAGCGCCGAUAAGAAACAAAUCAUCGUUCCUACUUUUGUGAGAUAUAUUCAAGUAUUAAAUGGUGAUAGCGGUGCUGAACAUAAAGAAGGAAAUAGCCAUUGGCCAUAUACUCAUAGCCAACUUGCGUCUCACUCAUCAGUGCUUCUGUAUGAUAUUAAUGGGGAUAACAUCAAAGAUGUUGUUGUUACCACAGCUAAUGGUGAAAUUUUGUUUUUUAAUUGGAGAGGUGAAUUAUUAACUGAUUUCACCAUUGCAAUUCCUGGAUUAAUGGUCGACAAGUUUUGGUAUAAGGGACUGGAAAACGAUAAAUUUGAUGUGUCUCUUUCACUUUCGCAAAAAGAAUCUGAAAAACAUGCUGAGGAAGCAAAAAGCAAGAGAAAACAAAAAGACCAGACAACUAACAAGGGAACCAAUGACAAUACUCAAACAAAAAGAAAAUUACUCCAACUCGCAAAAGCAGCUCCUGGAACGGAAGGAUUAUUAAGCUCAGAAGCAAGGGCUUCUUUGUCAUUAAUUCAGCAAAAAGUUCAUACUCCACAAUCAUUGAGACCAUUCCUUGGAGAGAAAUUAGAAUCUUCAGAACACCAUCAACACUACUCUCAUCAUACAACAAUUAAGAAAGGAGGGAAAGAGUACAUUACCGUUGACGCUCAUGUCUUAUCUACGCCUGUAAUUGCUGAUAUUGAUGGAGAUGGAAAAGAUGAAUUAAUAGUUUCUGUGUCUUAUUUUUAUGACAGAGAAUAUUAUCAUCAAAAUAUGUUUGAAUUAGACGUUGAUAUUGAUAUGGACAAAUAUGUUGCUGGUGGCAUAGCUGUGUAUGAUUUGUCCACAAGAAAAAUCAAAUGGGAUGUUCACCUUGAUAUGACCACUGACACGGUGAAACAAAAAGCUUACAUCUAUGGAAAUCCAACUGUUGCAGAUGUUGAUGGAGAUGGAUCUUUAGAUGUUGUUAUUGGUACUGGUCUUGGUUGGAUUUAUGCAUAUAACAGUCAUGGAAAAUUAUUAGAUGGGUUCCCAAUACUAAUGGGAGAAAUUCAGGGACAAGUCAUUGCUGAAGACGUAAAUAACGAUGGAUUCAUUGAAAUUUGUGCUGUUGAUUUCAACUCCAACCUUGCAUGCUUUAAUGGAAAAGGAAAAGAAAUUUGGUCUCAAAGAUUAUCUGGAUCUGCUGCUCAAGCUCCAUCCGUUGGUGACAUUAAUGGCGAUGGUAAAUUGGAGUUGGUUGUUGGAACUUCAACUGGGCACGUUUGGGCAGUGGAUGGUGAAACAGGAAAUGUGUUAAAACCUUUUCCAAUCAAAACCGGAGCCUCCAUUUACAGUCCAGCUCUUCUUGUUGACUUAACAAAUUCUACAUCCUCCAACGAUGGUUCUCUCGAUAUUGUACUUCCUUCAUUUGACGGAUACUUAUAUAUUAUUAAUGGUAAAACCGGUUGUAUUGAUCGUGUGGACAUUGGAGAGAAAGCAUACAGUCAAGUGUUAGCGGAUGACCUCACUGGUAAUGGAAAGUUGGAUCUACUCGUGAGUACAAUGAAUGGAAAUUUAAUUUGUUUGUCUACUGAAGCUCCAUAUCAUCCAUUGAAAGCUACUCCUUACCAAAUGCAAUAUGAAAAUGGCUUCAAGUAUAGAGAUAAUAUGUAUGGAAUUUAUUUCAAGAAUAGAGAAUAUAGAGACGUCAUUGGAUCAACAGUUGGUUUAGAUUUUGAAAUUGUUGACAACAGAAAAACUAAUUCUAAAGAUCGUCUACCAGUGGCCUACAAUGUCCGAAUUUUGUUAGGCGCCAAUAAGGUUCUUUAUGAAGGAAAGUAUCAAAAAGCUGGAUAUUACCGAGUUGAGGUAAACACCCCAGAAGAACGAACACACAAUGCCAUCAUCACUGUUGAACUUAGAAACGAAUUUGGACAGUUGUUCACGGAUAAUAUUUCUUUGAGCUUCAACAUUGGCUUUUUCUCACUUUUGAAAUGGAUGGUUUUCAUGCCAUUUAUUGCCAGUUUAAGUGCUAUCCUGUACACACUGCGAGCACAUUAA